AUGUCAGAACCCCCCCCACCCCCCUUCAACACCGCCCUCCUCUCGGGCGCCCUAGCCGGCACAACAGUCGACCUCCUCCUCUUCCCCCUCGACACCCUCAAAACCCGCCUCCAAUCCCCCACCGGCUUCUUUUCCUCAGGCGGCUUCCGCGGCAUCUACCGCGGCAUCGGCUCCUGCCUCGUCGGCUCCGCCCCCGGAGCAGCCUUCUUCUUCUCCACCUACGAGCACACCAAAUCCCUCCUCUCCCACAACUUCCCCCCCUUGCCCACCUCUCCAAACCAAACAACCACCCCAGCCUACCACCACAUGCUCUCCGCCUCCCUCGGCGAAAUCGCCGCCUGCGCCGUCCGCGUCCCCACCGAAGUAGUAAAACAACGCGCCCAAGCCGGCCACCACAACGGGUCCUCCGCCCAAGCCUUCCGGCACAUCAUUGCACAAUACAGCACCAUCGGUCUCCCCGGUGUGUGGAAGGAGCUCUACAGAGGCUGGACAAUAACAAUCAUCCGCGAGGUCCCUUUUACCGUGCUCCAAUUCCCGCUAUGGGAAGGUCUCAAGUCGUGGGGCCGCGCGAGGAAACAACGCACCGGGAGGGGACUCUUUGAGUCGGCGCUCUACGGUUCGGUGGCUGGCGGGUUCGCCGCCGCGGUGACAACACCGCUUGAUGUCCUCAAGACGAGAGUCAUGCUCUCGACUGAAAAACAAAGCAUGUUCAAAGUCAUGACCGAUAUCCUGAGAGAAAACGGGAUACGUCCCUUCUUUGCGGGGAUAGGCCCGAGGGUGAUGUGGAUCAGCAUAGGGGGCGCGAUAUUCUUGGGGAGUUACCAGUGGGCGGUGAAUACGCUUUCUGUAGGGGGAGAGAAGAAGAGGGGGAAAGAGAGUGUCUUAUAG